AUGAGAAUUUCUAAUUCUUAUUCUUCCUUUCAUAUUUCCCAUUCUUACUCUUCACCUUCACGCACUACUAAAGUAAAGGGUAAAGUUGGGUUGAAUAAUAGCAAUUUUGAGUGUUUAGAUGAUGCAGUUACUCUCUUCAAUCAAAUGGUUACAAUGAAACAUCUUCCCUCAGUUGUCGAUAUCUCUAAAUUGUUUAAAAAUAUGAUAAGUAUGGAAUAUUACUCUGCUGUCCUUUCUCUUUUUGGAGAAAUGCAGAAAUUGGGUAUCCCAAUUAGUGUUUUCAUCUUGAAUAUUGUGAUUAAUAGUUAUUGUUUGAUGGGUUGUUCUGAUUGUGCAUUUUUGGUGUUACCCAUUUACUUAAGGAGUGACAUUCUGUUUACUCCCGUCACCUUUACCACUCUAAUAGGGGGAAUGUUUUCUGAAAAUAAGGUCAAAGAUGCAAUUGAAUUGUUCAAGAAAUUGGUGAGAAAGAAAAUUUGUGAGCCCGAUGAAUUCAUUUAUGCAACCGUCAUAAAUGGGCUCAACAAAAGUGGUCAUACUCAAAAAACUUUUAAUUUGCUCCGUUUAAUGGAACAAGGGAAUACUAAGCUCAACAUAUAUAUCUACAUCAUUGUUGUUGAUGCCCUUUGCAAAGAUGAAAACUUAAAUGCUGCUAUCACUCUUUUGAAUGAGAUGAAGCAGAGAGGUAUUCCUUCAAAUGUAUCGCUGGUUUGUGUAGGAUUGGUCAGUGGGAAAAAGUAA